UUCAGAGACGGUGGCAUCAAUUUCCCCAUCGACCAGCUGCUUUAAAACGGCAUCGGAAGAGGCAUUAAGAGGACUCCAGAAACCGGGGAUCGGCACGCCGCGUCUUUCCUUCUUUUUUCAUCUUUAUCUACAGCUCACAUGCACCCGGAUCCCCUGCAGCUUUGGUAGCUUCCUCUGUAAGGAAACGCGGUCGGAGAGCACACGAAACCCCCUCACAGCAAAAUGACCGAAACGGAAACCAGGAGUCAUCGCGCCGGCAAGCAACAGAAUGGCGAUGCCAUGCCAGAAACAUCGACGGUGGAGGAUGUUUUUGACGACACUUAUAAAGAGAAAGAAGGUCCCAAACCGCCGAGGAUGCUGGUGUGGAGAAAUAUCAUACUGAUGACCCUCCUACAUACCGGCGCGCUUUAUGGACUGAUUGUCAUUCCCUGCGCAUCGGCUUUAACUCUUGCAUGGACUGCAGUGUGCUACCUCAUCAGUGCCCUCGGUGUGACUGCUGGUGCACACAGAUUAUGGAGCCACAGAUCCUACAAGGCUUCUUUUCCCCUGCGAGUCUUCCUUGCUCUCGCCAACUCAAUGGCCUUUCAGAACGACGUAUAUGAGUGGGCGAGGGACCACCGUGUCCACCACAAGUACUCAGAGACAGACGCAGACCCCCACAAUGCCACACGGGGGUUCUUCUUCGCUCACAUCGGUUGGCUGCUGGUUCGCAAACACCCUGACGUCAUCGAAAAGGGAAAGAAACUGGAGCUGGCGGACCUGCGGGCAGAUAAAGUGGUUAUGUUUCAGAGACGGCACUACAAGCUCUCUGUCUUGAUCCUUUGCUUCCUCGUGCCCACCUUGGUGCCCUGGUACUUCUGGGGUGAAUCCUUGGCUGUAGCAUACUUCGUCCCCGGGCUCCUGAGAUACGCUGUGGUGCUCAACGCCACCUGGCUGGUCAACAGCGCUGCACAUAUAUGGGGCAACAGGCCUUAUGACAAGACCAUUAACCCGAGGGAAAACCCAAUGGUUGCUUUCAGUGCCAUAGGGGAAGGUUUCCACAACUACCAUCACACAUUCCCCUUUGACUACGCCACCAGUGAGUUUGGCUGGAAGUUCAAUAUCACCACUGCCUUUAUAGAUCUCAUGUGCUUCCUGGGUUUAGCCAAGGACUGCAAGAAGGUGUCGAAGGAGUUGAUCAUGGCUCGCAUUCAGCGAACGGGUGACGGCAGCGACAAAAGUGGCUGAGUCACACUAGCUACAAAACUCUGCAAGGGAUACCGACGUGUCGAACCAAGACCGAACGUAGCAACAGGUAUAGCAGCAUUUCAGUGGUGGGGUGGUGAUUACCAAGCUUCUGAUUAUAAGUUAAACCUCUUCCUGAGAUUAAUACUGGCUUUACAGAGUUAUAGACCUUUCCAUAAAUCGUGUGGGUCUCUUAUAAGUUUUGAAGUGUCCUCACUGACUAUUAGCCACAGCCAGCGACUUGGCUACAUGUGCAAGCACAGCUUUUUCACCAUAAUACCAAACGGGCACAAAGACAAUGAAAAGGCAAAUUGGGAUUUAAGUCUCUUUUUGGCAGCAGUAGGACAGCCAAACAGGUCUGUGUGAGUGGUGUGUAAAAGCAGUAAUUACAGAAUAAUUUACUGUAUCUCUUAUUUAUUAAUGUGCUAUUUAUUAAUAGUCUUUGGCACUUUAAAAGCUUUAUUGAAACCCGUAACAGUGAGGUUUUCCUACUAGCAAGACUGAGGGCCUUUCGCUCUAACUUCUGUCAGUAGUGCUUUGUUUCAUUCCACAGGGAGUGGAGUUUAAUCUUGGUAUUUGUUUGUCUGUUUUAAGCUAAGGUUUUCUUUAUUUUUGGUAAGCUAGUAGUCUUACUAAACCAGAUGCUGCUGUGUUCAAGGCCCAUGUAGAAGCCUCUGGACUGGAACACAGAACCCAGAUGUCUCACUCUUAAUAUGAAGAGAGAAUUAUUUGCAUUUAUUUUGUAUUCAUUUGAAAUAAACUCUCCCUCUCCCUCAGAUAAGGCCAACAAGGCAUGUGUAGGAGGUGCAUUUACCUUUUGUGCUGUGUGAUAUUAUUGAAACAAACGCCAGGACUCUUGCCCAAAUGCCUUAUGGGGGUUGCACACCUGUUUAAAAAAAAAAAAUAAAAAAAAAUAAUAAAAAGUGCAAGUCAUGGAAAUAAAUUAGGGCUUAAAUUUUCUGUCUAAUCACAGUUGUGUGGUGUCUGUUUUUUAAGGUAAACUUGAAAAACUAUAUUCCCUUAUUUAUAAUGACAGAGGGACCAUUCAACAAAUCCUGGAAAAAAAGAAAAAAAGAUUUAAUAUAAUUUAACUUUUGUGUAACCAAACAAAUACUUUUGCUCUGAAAGACAAGAUCCAGACUUGUAAUAAUAUCAUUAAUGAUGCUGUUGUAAUAUCUGUCACACUUCCUCUUUUACAGAGCAACAAUUUUUUACAGUGUUAACUUCUUGAAUUUUGAAUGCCUUAAAAAAUGGCACAUUUUUUCAAAGAAUGUUUUUGCCCACAGUAUGUACCGUAAAUAAACCAAAUUUUCUACUUGUGACAAAGUAUGUUUUGCUGUUUUUGUUGAAAUUCUGUAAUACUCCUUAUUCGUAUGCUGAAUAAAAAAUAUGAUCGUU